AGAGAGCAAAUUUAAUUUAUUGGUCUGGAAAGUUUACUUCUGCUAAGUCACAGCACCCAAUCUCCAGAUGAUUUAGGAGAUAUUUGAAUAAGUAAAUUUUUCAGCUCCAGCAAAUCUGGCAUGUUUCCCGUGAUGUAGCACCGUUCAAAGCUGUGGGACUCUCGCGGGAAACGCGUAAUAUGAUGACACAGCGGAGAGGCAGUUCUGGACUGGGAGUCGGGACUGAUACCAACUGCGGUGACAGAGGGAGAAUAAGUGAAUUUUGGUUUUAACUUCAGACCUUUGAUAAAAGUAAAGAAGUUGGACUCAAAUCUGGACUUUGGAGAUUGUUACAGAAUGUUUGCUUCAUAAUUAUUUGAUUAUGUGUAUGUUUUAUGCAUUUUUUCAUGCAUUUCAAAUUUUUAAAAAAAAUCUCUUAAGAUGCAUGUACAUGUCCCGAAUGAUCCUCCCCAAAAUUUAAAAUUGUGAAGACAUGUCUGAGUAGCAAUUUGAUUCUGGCAGAUAAAAUGAGUUAAAUUUAUACAGCAGACAAGGCAUAAAAAAAAAAAAUCCCUUGAAAGGCAAAUACAUGGUGUGCUUCCUGCCAAUAAGGACAUAAAACUUCCUUGUGGCCAUUAAUGAAAAACAACACACGCUUCCAACGUGCUGUAGACACUAAAAAGAAAGAAAACACUCAAAUGAGUCACCUAUUUCCACAUGCAGGCCUGAGAAGUUGUAUAAAUACCUCCAGCCUCUGGCAGAGCCCAGCAGACCGGCCAUCGGUCAGAGAAGAACCGUCGGGGGACAGCAGCUAUGCGGCUGGCCGUGCUGUGCGCUCUGUGUCUGCUGCCCAGCGGGCUGGCCCUGCCGCUGCCCCGGGAGGCAGGGGGCACGAGCGAGCCACAGUGGAAACAGGCUCAGGACUACCUCAGGAGGUUUUAUCCGUCUGACCCCAAAACAAGGGAGCCCGACAGCUUCGAAGCCAGACUCAAGCUGAUGCAGAGAUUCUUCCGUCUGCCCGUGACCGGAGUCCUGAACCCCCCCACGAUCAAAAUAAUGCAGAAGCCCCGAUGCGGCGUCCCGGACGUGGCCGAGUACUCACUCUUCCCAGCCCAGCCCAAGUGGGUUUCCAGCGUGGUCACCUACAGGAUCGUAUCGUACACGCCAGACCUGCCGCGUGUCCGAGUGAAUCAACUCGUGGCGAAGGCCUUGGCGAUGUGGAGCCAGGAGAUCCCACUGUCCUUCAGGAGAGUGUUAGCGGGGACGGCGGAUAUAAUGAUCAGCUUUGCAAGAGGAGCUCACGGGGACUACAACCCUUUUGAUGGACCGGGAAACACCCUGGCUCAUGCCUUUGCACCGGGGCCGGGCCUAGGGGGAGACGCGCACUUCGACGAGGACGAGCACUGGACGGAUGGCAGCAGGACAGGCCCAGGCUCCCGGUCUUUGAUCCAGCCCGUGACGGUACAGCAGACCGCUGACCCGCUGUGAAUCUCGUACGUGAGGGGCCGUCUCUCUGUGCACCGUCCCAAGAUUGCCCCUCCACACC